AUGAAUCAAGCCGUCUCUCCGCCCGCUUCUGCGAACACGGCGGCGCCCCAGCCCAAGCCUAUCCGUUUUGUCACAAACCACGAUGGUCCCUAUGCAAAGAGGCGCCGCAUCAACUCGGCCUGCCUGACAUGCCGCAAGAAGAAGACGCGCUGCUCUGGCGAGCGCCCCGUCUGCGGCACUUGCACCCAGAACAAGCACGAAUGCGCCGGCUACGGCGACGACAACAGCGCCACUGCCGAUGCCCCCAAAGAUGGCAAAAAGGCCCCCGCCCGAAAGCAAGAGUCGCCCAUCGACCCCCAGCUCACGCGACCGCCCUUGGCGCACAGGACCUCGCACACGUCCGACUCCAGCACCGUCAAUCCCUCGCCCAAGUUGGACAUCCCGACAGGCAGCUCGGGCAGCCUUUCCCUAAGCACCCGCAACAGGAUGCCGUACUUUAGGUACUUUGGCCCCACGGCCAUUGUGCCGGGCCUGAGGCAGAUGGUUGUCAAGGUACGCGGAAAGCAGCAUGGGAGUGCCCAGACUACAUCAGAUCCACACGCUGUUGAAUCCUCGCCUGCCCAGCCCUCUGUGGGUUCGCCACCCGUACAGGAAGCUCGCACCCCACUGGAAAUACCCGUCUACGAUGCUUCAGCCAUGUCACCGAGUCCGCUCAUCACUCGUCUCUGCAAAGUCUUCUUCGCUCACCUAGGCUGCUCAUUUCCGUUUUUGCAAAGAGAAAGAUUUAUGCGCGACCUGGAGGAGAAACAAGUAGACGCCAUCCUGGUAGAUGCUGUUUGCGCUCUGGCGGCACGCUUCUCGACCCAUCCCGUGUUGACAGGUCAAAGCGAUCACAAGGACGGCGAGAGUGAAACCCCCAAGCUCCAACCCCCAGAAUAUGGCCAGGCAUUCGCCCAGCGAGCAAAAUCGGCUAUCCCAGAUGCCUUUCCAUGCCCUAGUGUGGCCGUAGUACAGGCUGCGCUCCUCCUGGCCUACGACGAGUUUGGUGCAAGUCGCGAUAGCGGCUUGUGGAUGUAUCUCGGAAUUGCGAUCCGCAUGGCUCAAGACUUGGGUAUGCAGUCUGUAGGUGGUCUCAAGUACGAAGGGCGCCAUGGCCCAACGCCGAGCACCGUCAAGAGCGAUCCAGAAGGGACACGGCCGUCAUAUCAGCCUGCGCCACAAGACAAUGAAGAAAGAAGCGCCGAGGAGCAGGAGCAGCGAGCGGCGGAGCGCGAGCGAUUGGACACAUUCUGGUCCAUCUUCUUCCUGGACAGAGUCAUCUCUUCCGGAACCGGGCGCCCCGUCACUCUCCGCGACCGUGACAUUGAGAUCAGUUUUCCUUCUCUGGACGAGGUCGAUUCUUCUGGAUGGCCGCUACCCUAUCCUGCUUUGAUCCGAGUCAUUCAUCUUUACGGACGUGUUACCGACUUGCUCAACCGUAUCAGAAGCGCUACAGACGUCACACCCGAGCUACUGAAGCAACUGGGGGCGUGGGAAGAUCGGUUGACAAGCAUCUACCAGAACCUCUCACCUAAGCUCCACUUCAAUGCCGUCAACUUCCAGCAAUACGUCAAGCUGAAUCAGGGAACCAAUUUCUUGCUACUCCACUGCUGGUUCCACACGCUCAUUGUUCUCCUGCACCAGCCGACUCUUUUGAGAACGUUUGAGGGCGCCCCGCAAGCCCACUCAAAUCACAGCAGGGAACUUUCAAUGUCUUCUGCAAAGACCGUUGCCGAUAUACUAGCCUUUACAGAGCUUAUAGACGUCAAAACUGGCAUGGGUAACCCGUUUACUAGUCAACCCAUCUACAUCGCUGCAUGUGCCUUCCUCAAGGAGACAGCCAUUCACUCUGCAUCAUCGCAGCCUCAUUCUCGCCCGGCAAGCCCUGGUCGGAAUGGCGACAACAGCCAAAAACCUCCCAUCAACCACUCGCUUGACCGCCUUGACACAGCCAAUAACAUCAAUGACCGAGAACAAAAACAAACGGCCGCCAAGCAUACAUUACUCGCCUCCGCUGCCAAUCAAAACUAUCAACGUUGUUAUCGUGCUCUGAAGGCCCUCGAGACGUACUGGGCAGGAGUCAAGUACAUAAUGACUGUGCUGGAUCAGAAGGCAAAGGGAGUCUGCGACCCGUUGCUUUACACUGCAGAAGAGAUGGAAAGCGCCUUGGAAGCCCCUCGACCGGAGCCAUCUUUUACAAGUCCUGGGUGGAGGAGGAAACUUAGCUGGGGCACAUAUCUAACUGCACAAACUCCAGACACAGAUGUUGCAAAGAUGGCAGCUGCAAUUAGGAAAGGAGGGCGAUCCCCGAACAUACCUGGGUCACCAAUGAUACAUCCCAGUCAAGCUAUAGGAUGGUCGCUCACUGGAACUAUGAACUCGCCUUCGACGAAUGUCGCGGUAAUGUAUACCUCGGAGAACGGCGAGGGUCGAACUGCGAAGCCACCACCUCACAACCCUCCCCCAGCCAGUACGCAGCCUUCCAUUGCAGCUAUGACAUCGGACCCGCCUAUAAAGUUCGAGCCGCAGCAGUCCAUGCAAUCGCCAUCUGGCUUUUCACGUUUCAGCUCAGCAUCGAUGCCUCCACCGCCACAAAACCAAGCAUUCAGCACCACCACCAUCUCCAACCCCGACCCCGUAAUGGUUUCGGAUGCCGACCUACUGUUGAACCUGCACUCCGCGUUUUCCGGAGGCUCGCCCGCAGCCGUGCGAACACCCCUGCAAAACCAAGCGCCCUACCCCCGCGGCUCCUCCCACAUGCAGCCGCACCCCCAAAACGACUUCUCGCCCACCUUUACCACGUUCAACGCCCCUUCGGACCACGCAUUUGGCGACAUGGUCAUCGACGCCCAGGACGUUGACAUGUCGCUGCUCGGCGCCGACAUGGUCCCCUGGGACAUUGAGUACCUUCCCCACGACAUGCUUUCGUUUGGCGACGCCACGUUUGGAAACCCCACUUUUGGCGGCCAUGAUGGCUCGGGGAAUCACUCUGCGGAAUGAGAAGAAAUCUUUCCAUAAAAUACGGUGCGGGUUGCAUACAAUAUAUGGGGCUAUCUUUUUUCUUUUCUUUUCUGGGGGUUACGUCGGAGAGGACACACGCAUGCAAACUCUGUCGGUUUACAUGUGGCAUGAUUAAAACAAACGGUGGGAUUUUACGUGGACCGGGGGUGGUAUUGUGUGUAUAAAGACCUGGGCAAAUCGGGUUGGUUCGGUUUUAGUUCGGUUUGGUUUUGACGAGGCAUAGGAUGGGAGUUUUUUUUUUACAUAAAGAUACCAUGUUUAUAUUCUUAC